UGUCACAGCAGCGUCCUGAUGGUGACGUGAGUUGGAAGGAACUGUUGCUGCGGACGGACGAUGAUGCAGUUCCGUUUCCGGUGACCGUUAUUUUGAUGCCGUUUUGGGCGGGAAUUGCAAACUCUAGAAGACAGGGAGCCCGAGCGUUGAAAUGAGCAGAAUGAGUCAUAAUCCCAACAGUCAUAGAACAUUGCAGCCUCACCGAAUCAGUGAGGCCACCAGAUAUGGACUGGUUACACCUCAAAGUGUAUCAAAUGCACGGUUUGGUUCAGGAACCUCUGAGAGAAGGACCAGCUUUUUUGGAAGAAGGACAAGUAGCAUUGGAACCUUUUCUACAAAUAUAUAUGGAACGUGUGGAGGCACAGAGAAGAUAAAAGAUCCUCGACCACUCCAUGAUAAGGCUUUUGUCCAACAAUGCAUUCGACAGCUCUUAUGGAUUUUUGCUACACAGCAACAUUUUGGAGUGGAUGAAGCCCAAUUUGAUGCUGUCACUGCAGAAAACAGAAAUUUGGCAGAAGAGCUGGAGAAGUUGGAGAAAGAGAAACAGAAUGAACCGGACAGAGUUCAGGCACUGGAGAAAACAAAAGUUAGUUUGCAAAAGGACCAACAGAAAUACAAGAAGUACCUUGAAGAAAUGGAACAGCACAAAGCUCUUCUUGAGCAGAGAGCAAAAGGGAUCAAAGAUGAAAUAGAAUCUGCAGAACUGGAAUUAGAUGCAGUUAAAGAGGAGAACAACAAAUUGCAGCAAAUAUAUGAUGUACAGGAAGUCUCAGCAGUUGACGUUAAGAAAAUGAACCAUGAGAAAAAUGAGCUGCAUCAAGCAACAAUUUUCCUGAGCAAAAGCCUUGAGGAUGCAGAAAAGAGGAUGUGGAAUGAAGAGAUUAAAGUGACAAAGGCCAAGGAAAUGCUGGAAGUCAGACUGCAAGACUACCAUACGAUGGCUCGGAAACUCAAGCUAAUUCCUAAAGCAGCUGAAAAUGCUCAAGCACAGAACUUUGAAAUAAGCCUCUUGGAUAUCGUGUCUGGAAAGAGGACUCUAUCACAAAAUACUGAAAAAAUAAAACUUUCCCUCAUGAAUCUACUGAAACAAAUAAACGAUGACAUUGAACAUCUGAAGCACAAGAAAAUUAGUGUGCAAGAGGCCAGAGAACAGGUUCAGACCAUGAUAGAUGACAAAGCAAAUGAUGUGAAAAUGUUAAAAGAACAAAUUCGAAAAGUGGAUGAAGCAAUUGAACAAGAAAAGGAGGAAGAUAAUCGAAAAACGACAAAACAAGUCCAAGAGCUUGAAUCACUGGAAAAUCAGAGGAAACGGUUACAGAAACACUUAAACGAUGAAUUAGAUGAAGCAAUUGGACAGUUGAAAAUGGCUAAAUACCGAUUUGAUGAAGUGGAGCAAAAGACUACAGAAUCUAAGAGAAAAAUAACUAACAAAUUACAGUUGUGCUUGGAUACAAUGACCCAGCAUGUCACAAAUCUAGAGAACUACCUUGUGGAUUAUCAAAAAGGAGCUACGAAAGACUAUGAGGAAUCCUUGAAAGACAACUUUUUAACAGAUCUGAAGUCAAUAGCCGAAUCAUGCGAAGAGAUGGUUAGCUCUCUCUGAGCUGCAACAGGAUGCAUAAUAUAUCUUGUUUCUGUAUGUACAGUUAGUAUUAAGGAAUGACUUUAUACCAUUGCAGGAAUAUAUUGUCUUCCAACUGAUAUUGUUUGAGACAGCGAGAAGCUUGGGCUUAACAUAACCUCUUGCAAGCAGAAUUCCGUUCUUUAUUUGUAAUAUUGUCAGAGCAAACAUAUUUUCAAACAUAGUCUUCAUAUAUCCUUGUGGAGGAAUUUUGGAGCCUAGAUUUGGUUUUUCUGAAUUCCAUUCCAGCUAGCUUUGACCAAUGAAGGUGAUUGAUCUAGAAUUAUAGAUACUUAAUGUAAAUUGCAUAUAAAUAAUUCUUAAUCCUGUGGUUGUUCCAGUCUUAAGUAUCCAAAUAUGAUGUAAUUCUUAAAUUCUAUCUUAAUUAAAAGACUGCUUUAGUCAUACAUCAACAGCC